UUACAGGUAAUUCCUUCUGAACAUGAAGUGAAUAAAAAUGCUCAACUGGAUCCAGCACUGAAAAGUUCUGCAGCUGAUUCUAAACAUUCAGCAUCAGCAGAACUUCAACAGGAACAAACCUCAGCAGAAGACAAAACCAAUUCUGCUCCAGGGAGACCCAGAACACGUUCUUUUGCACCUCAGAACUUUGUGUUUCAGCCACUGAAUGGAUUAGCAACCUACAAAGUUACACCUAUGAGUCCUUCUAAGGCAAAUGCAUUUUUGACACCUACUGGCUGCUGGAAUCUUUCAGAAUUUCCAGUUAAUGUAGCUGAAAAAUCCAGUGAAGCCAAGGCACAAGAACCCAAUACAAAAAGUCAGGUUUCACCUGCUGGUAAAGACAUUCAAGAACAGCAAACCACUACAAGUUUGCAAGGACAAAAAGGAAGUGAAUCAGAUGAAAAAGCUUCCAUUCAGAGAUCAAGUGAAACAAUUCCUGUCUCUACAGGUACAACAGUGCUUGAAAUAGAGCCAGAAGAUGUCAGAGAGCAAGAGCAUGAUGUGCCCUAUUUCAGGAGCAUUCUUCGGUCUGAGACGGAGAGGCUGAUGUCUCAGUGCCUCCAGUGGGAUGGAAAAUUGGAGCUGGACGUGCCAGAGGAUGCCAAAGAUCUCAUUCGCACCACGGUGGGUCAGACAAGACUGCUCAUAGCAGAAAGGUUUAAACAGUUUGAAGGACUGGUGGAUAAUUGUGAGUUUAAACAAGGUGAAAAAGAAACAACCUGUACAGACCUAGAUGGAUUCUGGGAUAUGGUUUAUUUUCAGAUCAAAGACGUGAAUAAAAAGUUUGAUAAUCUGGAGAAGCUUCAAGACAAUGAGUGGCAACCACUUGAUGUCCCAAGCAAAGCAGUUGUCCAGAAGAAGACUGCUGCAGGUGGAGUGUCUAAACCAAAGCUGGAGGCAGCUGGGCGAGCAGCUGCCCGGGUCCGGCUGGCAGCUGUGAAAGCAGCCAUGAGGGAUAAGAUGAAGCACGACAGAGCUGUUGAUGCUCCACAGCAGGAGAAACCACCAGAAGUAGAAAAAGUGGUUUUUGAAGCGGGAUUUUUCCGAAUUGAAAGCCCUGUGAAAAACUUUCCAGGCCUGCUUUCAAAGACACCUCGCAGAUCUUUCCAGCAGACUUCUGGAAAACUGGCAACUCCAAGAUCAUCCAGCAGAGCUUUGCUUCGGAGCAUUCCUUCUGUGCUUCACAACCCUGAGGAUACAACUGCAAACCAAACCACACCGGUGCUCAAAGGCUUCCACCCAGCACAAAAUUUGAAAAUGCCUCAAUCCCCCACUGGAAAAACACCCCCACUGGAAAAACUCCCUGAUCAUUUUCUUGAACAAAGUAUUCCUGUAGUUGCAGAAGAGCACAGUCCUGUUGCUGGCACUGCAGAGGGAGCCAAGGCGCUGGAAAACUCCAGCAGUGAAUUACAAGUAAUGGAUGGCACAGAAGAGAUGGAACUAUCUGCUGCAGAACAAGGACAAGAUGUUGUCAUGCACAGCCCAGAGAAGGAGACCUGCACAGAGACUAACUUUGUUCAAUCUGGAGGACAAAAAAUCCAUCAGACAGAUGUUUCAUGUAGUGAUUUGAUAUCCAUUGGCAGAAAUCCUUUUGGUAUGCCCAUGCUGGAUGCUGAGUUCCCCUUCACUCCAGUGAAGAGCAAAGCCCAGGAGCUGGCAGCAGCUGAAGCAUUCACCGACCUCAUUGUAUUUUCUCCCCUGUCUGCCACGGGGGAAAAAUAA